GAAGUCACAGAGCGAGAGGGAUGUCUGAUCAAGUUUACCCGUGUUCAUCUGUUCGACGUGUAGUGAACAUAUAGUGAAGAUAUAGCCAACAUUUAGAGAACAUUUAAUGAACAUAUCGUGAACAUAUGAAAUGGACCCCGGAAGCGACAGUGUCCGAAAGCUACAAACCGCCACUCGGGAGAAGCUGAGGAAAUUCAACGCACUGCGAGCGCAAACGUUCCGCCUGCUCUUGUGUUGGACCGACCGGAAGGUCGAGAGGUGCGGGGCGCUGGGUUCUGGGAUGUGGUGGCUCUGACCGCAGCGGACGGGAGCCAGAGGGACGCAUACGAGCUGCAGGUCGGGGUCAAAGUUCACCGAGGAGAGCUUCCCCUUGGGGUCAGCUACAGGGUGUUCUCAGAUCCUCCCGGGGCUAAAGUAGGGAAUGGGGGCUCCACUCUGUACGCACUGCAGCAGCUGGAGGACAUCUACGGCAGAACUCUGGGAAGCAUGAGAGUCAUCCUGAUCCAUGCAGGGGGGUUCAGUCAACGUUUGCCCAGUGCAAGCGCCCUGGGAAAGAUUUUCACUGCCGUGCCGCUGGGUGACCCCCUCUACCAGAUGCUGGACCUCAAACUCGCCAUGUAUGUGGAUUUCCCGUCUCACAUGAAGCCGGGCGUACUGGUGACCUGUGCCGACGACAUAGAGCUCUACAGUAUCACAGAGGAUGAAAAUGUGAGGUUUGAUAGACCCGGUUUUACAGCUUUGGCCCACCCCUCCCCACUGUCCAUUGGAACCACCCAUGGGGUUUUUGUGCUGGAUUCAUGUGAACGAUCCUCUCACUCUGGAAUGGAGAACAGUUCCUGUUUGCGCUUCCUGCACAAACCGAGCAUCAAGAAAAUGCAAGAGAGUGGCGCUGUUUGUAAGAGGCAGAGCGGCGAUACUGUCACUGAGUUUGUCUACACAGACAGCACCUAUUUUAUCGACUUUGAGACUGUAAAGACUCUUCUUAAUCUGCUGAAGGAGUUGGGGCCCAUGCACUGUGAGAUAGACGCAUAUGGGGACUUUCUUCAAGCGCUGGGCCCCAAUGCUACAAUAGAGUACACCAGCAACACUGCUAAUGUCACUAAGGAGGAGAGGGGCCUUGUUGAAAUCCGCCAAAAGAUCUUCCAUCUUCUGCAAGGGACCCCCUUGAAUGUCAUCCUCCUCAAUAACUCCAAGUUUUAUCACAUUGGAACCACGUCAGAAUAUCUCUUUCACCUCACCGAGGACGUGGCACUGAGGAGUGAGCUGGGCUUCCUCUCGUCUGCCUUCAGUGCACACGUGGGUGAAAACUCCCGCUGCUGCGUCAUGUGCAGCGUCUUCGAUCCCGGCUGCUCUGCUGGAGCUGGGUCAGUGGUGGAGUACUCCAGGCUGGAAGCAGGAGCGUCUGUGGGGAAGGGCUCCAUCAUCAGCAGCUGCUGGGUCGGCCUGGGCCUCUCCGUGCCUGAUGCAGUCUUCAUGCAUUCGCUGUGUGUGAACCACCAGGACCACGUUGGGUUUGUCACUGUCGCCUUCGGGAUCAACGACGACCUGAAGCGCAGCGUGGACGGCCCCGCUUCCAUGGAAAAGCUGAAGCUUUUUGGGUCCAGCAUGGCCACAUGUCUCUCCUGCUGGGGGAUGGAGAGUGAAGUCCUGAGGUCCUCCGGUGACUUGCCCGGCUGUAGUUUGUGGAACGCCUGUCUGUUUCCCGUUUGCUCCGAUCAACAGAGCUCAUUCUCAUUGUCUCUGGAGAUGCUGCGGGCCGUUCUGAACGGUUCCACAAUUGCCUUACCCAAAGGCACGAUUCUGAUGUCCAUGCAGGAAAGUUUACAGAGUAAGAACCUGGAGGGGAUGUUGAAGUUCAGGACGGAGCUGUACAAUGACAUCACACAGAGAAGACUGAGCAGUUAAAGUUAAAGUUAAGUUAUAAUGUGCUAAAUGCACAAUAUUUUAUUUUCUGCCACUAAGCAUUUUUCAAUCAUAAGCAAUAAAAAAGAAAGAAAAGACAGUUUGGUGAUGUCAUGAAGCAGUGUGGGAUCAGCGGAAUUGUUGUCAUCAUCACCAUCGCUGUCUGCUUCUCCCGUCUGCUUCUCCCGGUGAGGAAUCCCUCAGUGUUCGUCCAGGAGGUUUUCAUUCGCGGAGGUCUCCUUCUUUACAUACAAACAGACUCGGUGACAGACGCUGGUAAAAACACUAAAAGCAGAAUCACGUUAAAAAUCAGUGUUUCUCUGACACAGUUUUUUGGAGACAGGACUCAGAUGACUAAAAUCUUUCACCUGGAUAAAAUAUAUUUAAAAAAACAACAACAUUGGAAACAUUUCUUGUAAAAGAAGUGGCUGAAAACUGGUUAAAAAGUCUAUGUUGACUGCCUGUGGCAGACUAUUGCAGUGCUGAUGCACACUCCUGAGGGCAUAUAAUGCCGUUGAGGUGACCAAAUGAGAUGAACCACUUUAUUAUAAAAAAAUGGAUUCCUCUAUGUUUGAAAAUUGCUUGAAACAUUUGGGAAAAUGUAAGUAAACAACUCAACAAAACAUAUAACACAGAUCUGUUCGGUUUUAGACAUUUGAAUGCGGGAGUUUCUAAGUGUACCUUUAAAUUUGAUGCUGUCAAAUUGAGGAUCUAAUGAUUUUUUUAACAAGGACAAUGAGUCCCACUACUUUUGCACUUGAUUUGUUUGAAAGUUGUUAUACAAUUAAAGUUUGAUUACGUGUGUUUUGUACCAUA